ACAUGUUACUUCCUGUAUGGAGGCAUGGCCAGUUUCCAGCCCCGCGCUCCUCGUUCCUCCCCAGCCUGCGCCGGAGCCACAACUUUCAGGAGCAUGGACUGAAGGCGCCCUCGCCCCAGCGCCCCUCUGAGAUCCUUUGUGUUUUCCUCCGUUUCCUCCGGCCGUUUCUAUUUUGGGGGGCUCUCCGCUCCCCCCGCCUCUCCCCUCCCCUUCCCCUCUCGCAAACAUGCCUCCUUCCUUCCCGGGGCCCUGGAAAGAGCUGCCUGCCUGAAGCCCGGAGACGCCGCGCCGCGCUCAGCCCCGCCGCCGCCCGCCGGCUCUCGGGCUGUGCUGCGCUGCCGACUCAAGUUGGGGAUCCUCGGCUGCUCACCGCUGCCGCCGCCUGCGGUCCCUGCCUGCCCCGGGUCCCGGGCAUCGCCGCCGGCCGCCGACUCCGCGCCCUGCCCGCUCGGCUUGCUCAUUUUUGAACGGAAAGCGGCCCUUCUCCGCCGAGAGGAUCGUCCCCAGCGUGGCUCCGCGUUCCCGGUCACUUUUUGAGAUUUUCCGGGGGGCGCUCGGCGGCUUCCCGGAUUCCAAGGGGACUCGGGCCGCCGAGCGUGGGGCGCUCGUGGAGCUGGCGAGCCGGGGAAGCGCCCCUGCUUAGCGGAGGCUCUCACGGAGGCAAGAACUUAUUCAACAAGUUUACCCCCCUGGUUUCCUCUUUUCGAUGUGCGUUUUCGGACAUGCGGAGGUUACUGGAACCGUGUUGGUGGAUUUUGUUCCUGAAAAUCACCAGUUCUGUGCUCCAUUAUGUCGUGUGCUUCCCCGCGCUGACAGAAGGCUACGUUGGAGCCCUGCACGAGAGUAGACACAGCAGCGCGGCGCAGAUCCGCAGACGCAAGGCUUCGGGCGACCCGUACUGGGCCUACUCUGGUGCCUAUGGUCCUGAGCACUGGGUCACGUCUAGUGUCAGCUGUGGGGGUCAUCACCAGUCUCCUAUUGACAUUUUAGACCAGCAUGCGCGUGUUGGGGAAGAAUACCAGGAAUUGCAGCUUGAUGGCUUCGACAAUGAGUCUUCUAACAAAACCUGGAUGAAAAACACAGGGAAAACAGUCGCCAUCCUUCUGAAAGACGACUAUUUUGUCAGUGGAGCUGGUCUGCCUGGCAGAUUCAAAGCCGAGAAGGUGGAAUUUCACUGGGGCCACAGCAAUGGCUCAGCGGGCUCUGAACACAGCAUCAAUGGCAGGAGGUAUCCCGUUGAGAUGCAGAUUUUCUUUUACAAUCCAGAUGACUUUGACAGCUUUCAAACCGCAAUUUCUGAGAACAGAAUAAUUGGAGCCAUGGCCGUAUUUUUUCAAGUCAGUCCGAGGGACAAUUCUGCACUGGAUCCUAUUAUCCAUGGGUUGAAGGGCGUCGUACAUCAUGAGAAGGAGACCUUUCUGGAUCCUUUCGUCCUCCGGGACCUCCUGCCUGCAUCCCUGGGCAGCUAUUACCGGUACACAGGUUCUUUGACCACCCCGCCGUGUAGCGAAAUAGUGGAGUGGAUAGUCUUCCGGAGACCCGUCCCCAUCUCUUACCAUCAGCUUGAGGCUUUUUAUUCCAUCUUCACCACGGAGCAGCAAGACCAUGUCAAGUCGGUGGAGUAUCUGAGAAAUAACUUUCGACCUCAGCAGGAUCUGCAUGACAGGGUGGUAUCCAAGUCCGCCGUCCGUGACGCCUGGAACCACGACAUGACAGACUUCUUGGAAAACCCGCUGGGGACAGAAGCCUCUAAAGUUUGCAGCUCUCCACCCAUCCACAUGAAGGUGCAGCCUCUGAACCAGACGGCACUGCAGGUGUCCUGGAGCCAGCCAGAGACCAUCUACCACCCACCCAUCAUGAACUACAUGAUCUCCUACAGCUGGACCAAGAAUGAGGACGAGAAGGAGAAGACGUUUACAAAGGACAGCGACAAAGACUUGAAAGCCACCAUUAGCCACGUCUCACCUGAUAGCCUGUACCUGUUCCGAGUCCAGGCCGUGUGCCGCGAUGACAUGCGCAGUGACUUCAGCCAGACGAUGCUGUUUCAAGCUAAUACCACUCGAAUAUUCCAAGGGACCAGAAUAGUGAAAACAGGAGUGCCCACAGCGUCUCCUGCCUCUUCAGCCGACAUGGCCCCCAUCAGCUCGGGGUCUUCUACCUGGACGUCCUCUGGCAUCCCCUUCUCAUUUGUUUCCAUGGCGACUGGGAUGGGCCCCUCCUCCAGUGGCAGCCAGGCCACCAUGGCCUCAGUGGUCACCAGCACACUCCUUGCUGGCCUGGGGUUCGGCGGUGGUGGCAUCUCCUCCUUCCCCAGCACCGUGUGGCCCACGCGCCUCCCGACAGCCGCCUCGGCCAGCAAGCAGGCGGCCAGGCCAGUCCUCGCCGCCACAGAGGCCUUGGCUUCUCCGGGGCCAGAUGGUGAUUCGUCACCAAGCAAGGACAGCGAGGGCACGGAGGAAGGAGAGAAGGAUGAGAAAAGCGAGAGUGAGGACGGGGAGCGGGAGCACGAGGAGGAUGGAGAGAAGGACUCCGAAAAGAAGGAGAAGAGCGGGGUGGCCCGCACUGCUGGGGAGCGGAGCCAGACGGAGCCCAGCCCCGCACCCUCGUCUCCCAACAGGACUGCCGAGGGGGGGCAUCAGACUACACCUGGGCAUGAGCAGGACCACACUGCCAUCCCCACAGACCAGACAGGCGGAAGGAGGGAUGCCGGCCCAGGCCUGGACCCUGAUGCGGUCACCACCCAAGUGCCCCCCACCGCCACAGAGGAGCAGUAUGAAAGGAGUGAUCCCAAGAGGCCCGAGAUGCCAUCUAAAAAGCCUGUGUCCCGCGGGGACCGAUUUUCUGAAGAUAGCAGAUUUAUCACUGUUAAUCCAGCAGAAAAAAACACCUCUGGAAUGAUAAGCCGCCCUGCUCCAGGGAGGAUGGAGUGGAUCAUCCCUCUGAUUGUGGUAUCAGCCUUGACCUUCGUGUGCCUCAUCCUUCUCAUUGCUGUGCUCGUUUAUUGGAGAGGGUGUAACAAAAUAAAGUCCAAGGGCUUUCCCAGACGUUUCCGUGAAGUGCCUUCUUCUGGGGAGAGAGGAGAGAAGGGGAGCAGAAAAUGUUUUCAGACUGCUCAUUUCUAUGUGGAAGACAGCAAUUCACCUCGAGUGGUCCCUAAUGAAAGUAUUCCUAUUAUUCCUAUUCCAGAUGACAUGGAAGCCAUUCCUGUCAAACAGUUUGUCAAACACAUCGGUGAGCUCUAUUCUAAUAACCAGCAUGGGUUCUCUGAGGAUUUUGAGGAAGUCCAGCGUUGUACUGCUGAUAUGAACAUCACUGCAGAACAUUCCAAUCAUCCAGAAAACAAGCACAAAAACAGAUACAUCAACAUUUUAGCAUAUGAUCACAGUAGGGUGAAGUUAAGACCUUUACCAGGAAAAGACUCCAAGCACAGCGACUACAUUAAUGCAAACUAUGUUGAUGGUUACAACAAAGCGAAAGCUUACAUUGCCACCCAAGGACCUUUGAAGUCUACAUUUGAAGAUUUCUGGAGAAUGAUUUGGGAACAAAACACUGGAAUCAUUGUGAUGAUUACAAACCUCGUGGAAAAAGGAAGACGAAAAUGUGAUCAGUAUUGGCCAACAGAGAACAGUGAGGAGUAUGGAAACAUUAUUGUCACGCUGAAGAGCACAAAAGUACAUGCCUGCUAUACUGUUCGUCGUUUCUCAGUCAGAAAUACAAAAAUGAAAAAGGGUCAGAAGGGAAAUCCCAAGGGUCGUCAGAAUGAAAGGGUAGUGAUCCAAUAUCACUACACACAGUGGCCUGACAUGGGAGUUCCCGAGUAUGCUCUUCCAGUGCUGACUUUCGUGAGGAGAUCCUCAGCAGCUCGGAUGCCAGAAAUGGGCCCUGUGUUGGUGCACUGCAGUGCUGGUGUGGGCAGGACAGGCACCUAUAUUGUUAUAGACAGCAUGCUGCAACAGAUAAAAGACAAAAGCACAGUUAAUGUCCUGGGAUUCCUGAAGCAUAUCAGGACACAGCGUAACUACCUCGUCCAGACUGAGGAGCAGUACAUUUUCAUCCAUGAUGCCUUGUUGGAAGCCAUUCUUGGAAAGGAGACUGAAGUAUCUUCAAAUCAGCUGCACAGCUAUGUUAACAGCAUCCUUAUACCAGGAGUAGGAGGAAAGACACGACUGGAAAAGCAAUUCAAGCUGGUCACACAAUGCAAUGCAAAAUAUGUGGAAUGUUUUAGUGCUCAGAAAGAGUGUAACAAAGAAAAGAACAGAAACUCUUCAGUUGUGCCAUCUGAGCGUGCUCGAGUGGGUCUUGCACCAUUGCCUGGAAUGAAAGGAACAGAUUACAUUAAUGCUUCUUAUAUCAUGGGCUAUUAUAGGAGCAAUGAAUUUAUUAUAACUCAGCAUCCUCUGCCACAUACUACGAAAGAUUUCUGGCGAAUGAUUUGGGAUCAUAACGCACAGAUCAUUGUCAUGCUGCCAGACAACCAGAGCUUGGCGGAAGAUGAGUUUGUGUACUGGCCAAGUCGAGAAGAAUCCAUGAACUGUGAGGCCUUUACCGUCACCCUUAUCAGCAAAGACAGACUGUGCCUCUCUAAUGAAGAACAAAUAAUCAUCCAUGACUUUAUCCUUGAAGCGACACAGGAUGACUAUGUUCUAGAAGUUCGGCACUUUCAGUGUCCCAAAUGGCCUAACCCAGAUGCCCCCAUAAGUAGUACCUUUGAACUUAUCAACGUCAUCAAGGAAGAGGCCUUAACAAGGGAUGGUCCCACCAUUGUUCAUGAUGAAUAUGGAGCAGUUUCAGCAGGAAUGUUAUGUGCCCUUACCACUCUGUCCCAGCAACUAGAGAAUGAAAACGCUGUGGAUGUUUUCCAGGUUGCAAAAAUGAUCAAUCUUAUGAGGCCUGGAGUAUUCACAGACAUUGAACAAUACCAGUUCGUCUAUAAAGCAAUGCUCAGCUUGGUCAGCACUAAAGAAAAUGGAAAUGGUCCCAUGACGGUGGACAAAAAUGGUGCUGUUCUAAUUGCAGAUGAAUCAGACCCUGCCGAGAGCAUGGAGUCUCUAGUGUGACUGGAAUCCUGAAAGGGCACUUAAUUUGUAAACUUCUGAAGACUGAGAACUUUUUUGAGGCCUUUUUUGCCAGACUCUAGGUUAUACAAUAACCCAGUUACUUUUUUACACUGAUGAAAGUUUUGAUAUUUAUUUUUUGCCAUUUUAUGUCUUAAUGGUAUCCUACUGAGCAUUUGCACCUCUGUUCAUUUCACACAAUGACAUGCAAUUUUACCUAGUUUGCACUAUAUGAUCAGUGUUACUGCCUAUAAUCUUAUACAACAGCAAACCUUUAUGUGACAUUCCAUGACAACAUACAUGCUACUUUUUUUUAGUUCAAUACAGUGAAGGUCUUUGUUAUGAUAGUGAAUAUUGAUUUUAUAAUUAUUAGUGCUAAAGCAAUUGCAUUCUCCUAGCAGGCAAUGCUGUACUUUUCUUCAGUCCUCCUCUCCUAUUUUUUUAGGCACUGUUCAAUACUGUAUGCCUUCUGUAUUUUAAUGGAGUGGAUAGCAUUGUUUUCUUUUACAGACUAGCAGGCUACCGGAAGCUAAAAAGGUCUAUUAAUGUCAUGGCCUUGAAACAGUUCCACUUUUGAUGGUUAAGAGAUCCAUUAAGAAGUUAGAAGGCUUAAGAACUGCUUCAUGUGAACAUCCCUUAUUAGUUACAAAGUUAUAUUCACAGUUUUUAAAAAAAUGUGUCAAAAUAAAGGGUAACUAUUAGAGCUUUCACAGUAGCUAUGUGGACAACGUGUGUUAUUUCCAUUUUGACUCUAAAGUAGCUAUAUCCUAAAAUCAGGGCUAUCUUUGACAAUAGUGAGAUGGCAAUAUUAGAUACAACUCAGUUGUGAGACCCUUUAGCUACUCUCCAUUAAUGCUUAUUGGUUUAUAAUACCACACCUCACAGUAGGUAGAAGAAUGAAAAGUUUUGCAGGUGUUUAAUUUUGAAACUAGUCCUUUUAAAUUUCCCUAUUACUCAUAUAGCAAUCUAAUAAAAACUGCCUACA